AAGAAAUGAUAAGUGCAUAUAUUAUUAUUAUUGUGGCAAUUGGAAUAAUUCACACAUGUUAUGGGCACAGCAUUAGCAGAGGAAGCUUUCCAAAAGGCUUUGUAUUUGGCACUGCUUCUUCUGCUUAUCAGUAUGAAGGAGCUGUUAAGGAGGAUGGAAGGGGUCAAUCAAUCUGGGAUACAUAUGUUCAUUCUUAUGGAAAAGUACUCGAUUUUAGCAACGCCGAUGUAGCAAAUGAUCAGUACCACCUCUAUAAUGAAGAUAUACAGCUCAUGAAAGAUAUGGGAAUGGAUGCUUACAGAUUCUCAAUUUCUUGGUCCAGGAUUUAUCCAAAUGGAUCAGGUGAAGUCAAUCGAGCCGGAAUCGAUCAUUACAACGAUCUAAUCAACGCUUUGCUAGCCAAUGGAAUCGAACCAUACAUAAUUUUUAUUUAUUUUUUUGGGGUUUAUUGCAACAGAAAAGACUAUGCAGCAUAUGCAGAAACAUGCUUUAAGGAAUUUGGUGAUAGGGUGAAGAAUUGGAUAACUUUCAACGAGCCGUUUACUUUUACGGUGCAAGGCUACGCUCUUGGCAUUCAAGCUCCGGGCCGAUGCUCUAUCUUUAAAUAUACGGUUUGUGGGGCUGGAAAUUCUUCGACCGAGCCUUAUGUAGUCGCUCACAAUGUGCUUCUUUCGCAUGGAAAAGUUGUCGAUAUUUACAAGAAAAAAUAUCAGCCGAAACAAGGUGGGUCGAUCGGGAUAACGUUAGAUUCGUUUUGGUUCGAACCGGCAACAAAUUCGUCGGCUGAUAUUGAAGCUGCACAAAGAGCAUUAGAUUUUUUCUUGGGUUGGUUUCUUGAACCAUUAAUAUUUGGGGAUUAUCCAAAGUCGAUAAGAAACCGAGUUGAGAAUCGUUUGCCAAGAUUCUCUCAAACUCAGUCGUCUAAGCUAAAGGGAGCCUUCGAUUUCAUAGGAAUAAAUCACUACACGACGUGGUACGCAGAAGAUCGAAACGGCACCAAUAAAACAACAGAAGUUCUGCUCGACGACUCGGGUGUUUUAGCCCUUUCAAAUGUAGUCGGAAAGCCUGUACACGAAACGGCACAUUCGACUUGGUUAUACAUUGUGCCACAUGGGAUAAGAAGUCUGAUGAACUACAUUAGGCACAAGUAUGGGAACCCUCUUGUACUAAUCACCGAAAACGGAAUGGACGAUGGAAACAGCCCGUCAACAUCAAUUAACGAUGCUCUAAACGACAAGAAACGGAUUAAGUAUUACAACGACUACCUGACGAACCUCUUGGCUGCUAUCAAAGAAGAUGGAUGCAAUGUGGGAGGGUAUUUUGCAUGGAGUUUACUAGAUGACUGGGAAUGGGGAGCUGGAUUCACUUCAAGAUUUGGUCUUUACUAUGUUGACUACAAUGAUAAGCUUAAGAGAUAUGCUAAGAAUUCUGCCACGUGGUUUAAGAAUUUCUUGGCUUCUUAAUCUAUAUUAUUAAAAAUUAAAUAAUUAAUAUUAAUAAUAAGAGAUCCUAUUUGGCAUUAUU